AAGGACGCGGGAACAGUGAUGAUUCUCAGCCCUAUGAGCAACACUUCCUUGGAAGACGUUGACUCUGCGGCGCCGGGUGGUCUCCGCUGGAUGCAGACGUUCAUCUUCAAGGAACGCGACGUCACUAGGAGCCUGGUGCUUCGAGCAGAAAAGGCUUGCUACAAGGCCAUUGUAGUCGGUGUCGAUUGGCCGCUCUCGGGAAGAAAGAUAUAUGACACUAAGUGUGGCUUCGACAUCUCUCCUAACCUCACGAAUGCCAACUUUGAAGGCAGGGAUUUCGCUAGUCCGAAAACGGCCCAAGGAAAUUCGAUUUCCAAAUUAAAAAAGGCUCUCAUUGACCCGUCUGCAGUGUGGGACGACGUGGACUGGCUGCGCAGCAUCACCAAGCUCCCAAUCGUCGUGAAGGGAAUCAUAAGGCCGGAGGAUGCAUUGACCGCGGUGGAGCACGGCGUCUCCGGAAUCAUAGUGUCCAACCACGGCGGUCGACAGUUGGACGGCGUUGCUGCAACGAUCGAACUUCUUCCCGACAUAAUAAAAGCGGUCAACGGGCGUUGCGAGGUGUACAUGGACGGAGGUGUGCGCAUGGGUACUGACGUCACGAAGGCCAUAGCAAUGGGAGCGCGGGCUGUUUUCGUCAGCCGACCUGUCGUCUGGGGCCUUGCUUACAAUGGGCAACAAGGAGUGGCGAAGAUGGUCAGCAUAUUCAGAGACGAGAUCGACAGAGCCCUGGGUCUCCUUGGUUGUUCUUCCCUGAAAGACUUGACACCAGACCUAGUCGUCCGUCAAGAAUACUACUCGAGACUGUGAAACGGAUUGCCAUUCUUACACAAGAAAUGCCAGGAUAUGGCUUUAUGGCACAGGGCCAUGGAAGUUCCAAGCCCACCAUAGCCAUAUCCUCGGCGAAUAAAAUUUUGAUCGCUGUCAAUGCCCUCACUAUUUCAACUCCUUCAAUAACUCGUAUACGACAAAUAUUCAUUACUUGUCUCUCUCUUGCUCGGAUGCCCGGUAGGCCCGGUACCCGGAACAAGGGUGCACCGCAAGCUUGUCCAACCUUGGGGAGAGGCUGGUUAGUUUUGUUUUUUGUUUUUUUUUAGCUGUCGUGCUUCGGUGAUGGCAGCCCGAACCUUUGGAUUAGCCCAGCGUUGUCGUUGCGCUUCGACUUCAGCUUCCGAAGGCCUGGAUUCGCCCGGCAAGCGCGUUCACGGGCCCGGUCCCGCUACCGUUCCUUCAACGCAGCCUGCUUUCCGGCAGAACGAACGAAACACGGCCUCCCCAUAUAACUGGCGGGCCUGAACUGGCACCAGCACGACGAGAAUACUGCUCACUUCGCUGCGGAGAAAGAGGUCAAGAGGUGGUAGCUCAUCAUAUUGAAGAGCGACUGUCCAAGGGGAACUCCC